UUGCCAAUCACAUAUAGAAAUUGGUACUCUUCCAAUAAAAACACCACCAAUUGCUAAUUUAUUUGUGGAACAAAGUUAGUUAUAUCAAACAUGAUGCGUGUCCGUGUAAAAUUACCAGGAUUCUGUAUGAAUCGAACUGCAGUCCAUGUUCGAUCCCGUAAUUCCCCUUCUCAGCUGUACAAGAAGGCGCUUGAUUUGAUCAAAUCCGAUGAUAACAAGUCUGAAUUUUCCAGCAAAAACAGCAUUGAGAUGAACUACAACACCGAUGAAUCUAAGACAGAUUCUGAAAAUGGGAUUAAUAAUAGAGUCAUGCUUGUGGUUGAUACUAGCCUUGAAGCCAAAGGUGCUUUGCAAUGGGCACUUACACAUACUGUUCAAAGCCAGGACACUAUUAUUCUUCUCUCUGUAAUCAACCCCUCUCAUCAAGGUGAAAAUGAGAAUAGUGAAAUUAAUCAGAGAGCCUAUGAACUUCUUUACUCCAUGAAAACUAUGUGCCAAACAAAGAGACCAGGGGUACAAGUGGAGAUUGUAGUGCAAGAAGGGAAAGAAAAAGGCCCUGCAAUUGUAGAAGCAGCCAAGCAGAGAAAGGUGUCAUUACUGGUAUUGGGACAAAGAAAAAGAUCAAUAAUGUGGCGCCUACGCAGGAUAUGGUCUGGGAAAAAUUCGAAAAACAGAGUAGUCGAACACUGUAUUCAGAAUGCGAAGUGCUUGACAAUUGCAGUAAGAAGGAAGAGCAGGAAGUAUGGAGGAUAUCUCAUUACAACUAAACGUCACAAGGAUUUUUGGCUCUUAGCUUAAUCCUUUUGUUUUUGAUCAUUCAUUGUUUGGAUUUAUAAUACUAAAGAAACAUUUCGGUUUUCUUUCUGUUGUAAUCUGCACGAAACAAGUAGCCACUUCCCUCAUUAGGAAAUGAAUUGUACAAAUUAAAGCACAAAAUGAGAGGAGUUAAUUUCAUUGGA